AUGUCGAAGAGGAAGACGGCGACUACGAGGAGAGUGAAGUUGGUGAUGAAGAUGAGAGUGAAGAUGAGACAGGGGAACCUUGAAAGUGGGGUAGAGGAAGAUGUAGUAGAGGACACAGAGGAGUACGAGGGGUAUGGGUAUGAAUCUACGUUUGAGGUUGAGUCCGAAGCUGAGAGAUUGGAGGGUGGCGAGCUUGAGGAAUUGUCGGACUCGGGAUUGGAAGAUGAAGACGACGACGAGGAUGAGGAUAUUUUGGAUGAGUGGGAGGUUGAAGCAAGAGUGUGGGGGGAGGUCGGAGGAGAGGUUGUUGAGGUUGAGGUGAUCAUGAAUAUGGGCCUCAAGGCUCUCAGAGAUUGA